CUCAUGUAGAUGUUUGGUGUGGUUUAUAAAGCAUUCAGACAGUGAGCGUGUCGGUAGCCGAUGCUUUUGUCUUGUUUUUGAUUCUCAAGGUAUUUUCUACUCCAUUUCAGAUGGUCUUGUUGAAAUAGAUUUCUGAACAACACCAAAGGCAUGCACUUUUGAAUCAGAGGACGCGGUGUUUAUUGACCAAAAAUGACUGCUGCCAAAGUGAUGCCUGUGGACCUAACCAUGCAUAUGGGGCUGAGCCGGCGGGCUGCUGUACGCCAACGUUCAGACAUCUCGCUUAGAUAUCAACACACAAUCCCAAGGUCCAGCACACCUACAGACAACUCCCAUCCAUCUGGAGCUGCUUCACCACCCCAGCUUUCUCUAACUCCUGUCAUUCCAAUGAACUCUGCUAGCAGUGGUGGGACACUGAAAAAGAAAAAGCGUGUUGUAUUUGCAGACGCUAAGGGACUGGCUCUUACAGCCGUGAGGCUUUUCACUGUGGAUCCGCCAGAGCCUGAACCUGAUACCAUCCCUCAAUCAGAAAAGCCGAAAGACCAGCCCCCUGUCCAGGGCAGGAUUCUGCGGCUACGGCUUGGGUUCCCUCAACCUUCUGCUGAUCUACAGUCAUUUCUUGGAGGCUUGGCAGGUUCUCUGGUGCAGCUGGAAAGCUGCAGUCUGAUGGGUGGUUUGCUGAGUGGAAUGGUGCGGGUCUGCAACAUUAGCCUAGAGAAGGCCGUACACAUUCGCAUCACGUUUGACUCCUGGAGAACCCACAAGGACAUCCCUUGCACCCACGUAAAACAGCAGCCUGGCUCAGAGACUGACCUUUUUUCUUUCAGUGUGUCUUUUCCUUCUGACCUGAACCUUCAGGAUCGUGUGGAGUUCUGUGUGUCGUUCCGUCCCGGAAGUGGCAGCACACUUCUGUGGGACAACAAUAGUGGACAGAACUAUAGAAUCUUUGUUGACGUUGUGGACCCUGAGGAUGUCCCUUUGGCUUGGAGCAGACCCUUCAUGACACAAAGCCCUAAGAGGCCCAAAGCUUGGCCCAAAAGACAAAGUCAAAUUGUCCAUUACCCAGCAUGCUUCAAGCCACGUUCUCCAAAUAAUAUGACCCUUCCGCCCAUGUGUAGGCAAGAGAACAUCAUGCCAUUGUGUUGAAGUAGGAGGCUAGGUCACCCCAAAAUUCUAACAUGGCUAACAAUGAAGGGAAACCAAUGAGAGCCAAUUAGCAUGACACCAUUAGAGUAAUGCAAGCUGGCCUCUUCUAAUCUUCAUUAUUAGCAAUGUUAUUAUUUUUACAUGAAGUAUUCCUUUAGAGAGAGUGAACUGGGCCAAAAGUCUCUCUUUAGAGCAAUGCCAUAGAAGAACCACUUUCGGGUCCCUACAGAACCUUUCAAUUGAUGGUUCUUUAAAGAAACAUUUUUGUUAAAUUUGAGUGUGAAGAAUGUUUUGAGGGGUUAAAUGCUUGCAAAAUGGUUGCAAGUACUGCCACCCCAGUCAAGAACUAUUUUACUAGUUCAGCCCAUGCCUUGGUCAUAGGUAGGUAGAAACGCAAGGUAGAAAUGGAAAUUUAUAGGAUAUUAGAUCGGAAGGACAAAGAACUUUAGGCACAGUCCUCCUCCUAAACUUUAGUUAUUCCAAAACUUCAUUUAAGUCCCUGUUUUGUUUUGUUUUGUUUUGUUUUGUCUGUACUACAGUAUGCCUGAUUGAAUUAGUAGUGGAUUUGAGGUUUCUUAGGAGUAGGGGCCCCAACCUCUGUUCCCAGGGGGCUGGUGUCCAGCAGAGUUUGGUGUUCAAGCAAACUACCAAACCUUGUAAUUAUCUGAUGAGUUUGAGCUGGAUUACAGCCCUCUAGGACCAAAGUUUAAGACCCUUGACCUAAUACAGUGGUUCAAAUCAGUCCUCAGGGACCCCAACACAUGGAGAUAAAGCCAAAAAUGUGGACCGUCCAGGGGCCCCUGGGGACUAGUCUGCAAAUCAGUGCCCUAGAGCAUGUAUUUCAAUUCCAGUGCAGUCAACUAUUUGUGAUUCCAUUUGCUAAUAAAACAUCAGCAUCUACAGCAGCCAGGUCAGCAAAUUUCCUGUUAUGAGAUUAUUCAGGUUCAACUGGGACCUAUCGGAGACCCGUCUUACUUUUAAUGAAUGUUGCUACAAAUGUGAAAAUGUACAAUAUGUAAAACUAUAUAAUAUGUGAAAUUUGUAAAAUAUGUAAUAUUGUAAAAAUGCCUUAUUUAUUUGUGCCUACACGAUGAUGUGAAAUGAUUCCAAUGUCAAAUAAACAAGCAUUCAAGCAUGA